CCGGGGCGGGCCCAGUGCGUGGCAGAGGGACCGCCGACCCCGUCGCGAAGUUUCCAGCCCUGCGAGCCUCCGGGCUGGCCGAUCGUCCCCAGACCGGCCAUGCGGCCCCUGCUGCUCCUGGUACCGCUGGGCUGGCUGCUCCUGGCCGAAGCGAAGGGCGACGCCAAGCCGGAGGACAACCUCUUAGUCCUCACGGUGGCCACUAAGGAGACUGAGGGCUUCCGCCGCUUCAAGCGCUCAGCCCAGUUCUUCAACUACAAGAUCCAGGCGCUCGGCCUGGGGGAGGACUGGCAUGUGGAGAAGGGGGUGUCGGCAGGUGGAGGGCAGAAGGUCCGGCUGCUGAAGAAAGCUCUGGAGAAGCUUGCAGACCAGGAGGACCUGGUCAUUCUCUUCACAGACAGCUAUGACGUGCUGUUUGCAUCGGGGCCUCGGGAGCUCCUGAAGAAGUUCCGGCAGGCCAGGAGCCAGGUGAUCUUCUCGGCCGAGGAGCUCAUCUACCCAGACCGCAGGCUGGAGGUCAAGUAUCCGGCGGUCUCCGAUGGCAAGAGGUUCCUGGGCUCUGGAGGCUUCAUUGGUUACGCCCCCAACCUCAGCAAACUGGUGGCCGAGUGGGAGGGCCAGGACAGUGACAGCGACCAGCUCUUUUACACCAAGAUCUUCUUGGACCCAGAGAAGAGGGAGCAGGUCAACAUCACCCUGGACCACCGCUGCCGUAUCUUCCAGAACCUGGAUGGAGCCUUGGAUGAGGUUGUGCUCAAGUUUGAAAUGGGCCACGUGAGGGCGCGGAACCUGGCCUACGACACCCUCCCAGUCCUGAUCCAUGGCAACGGGCCCACCAAGCUGCAGCUGAACUACCUGGGCAACUACAUUCCGCGCUUCUGGACCUUCGAGACGGGCUGUGCCGUGUGUGACGAGGGCCUGCGCAGCCUCAAGGCCAUCGGGGAUGAUGCUCUGCCCACAGUCCUGGUCGGCGUGUUCAUCGAGCAGCCCACACCGUUCCUGUCCCUGUUCUUCCAGCGGCUCCUGCGCCUCCGCUAUCCCCGGAAACGGAUGAGGCUUUUCAUUCACAACCACGAGCAGCACCACAAGGCUCAGGUGGAGAAGUUCCUGGCAGAGCAUGGCAGCGAGUACCAGUCCGUGAAACUGGUGGGCCCUGAGGUGCGGGUGGCGAAUGCAGACGCCAGGAACAUGGGCGCAGACCUGUGCCGGCAGGACCUCAGCUGCACCUACUACUUCAGCAUGGACGCCGACGUGGCCCUGACGGAGCCUGACAGCCUGCGGCUGCUGAUCGAGCAGAACAAGAAUGUCAUUGCCCCACUGAUGACCCGCCACGGGAGGCUGUGGUCGAACUUCUGGGGGGCACUGAGCGCGGAUGGCUACUACGCCCGCUCCGAGGACUACGUGGACAUCGUGCAGGGGCGGCGAGUCGGCGUCUGGAAUGUGCCCUAUAUCUCGAACAUCUACUUGAUCAAGGGCAGCGCCCUGCGGGCGGAGCUGCAGCCCCCCGACCUGUUCCACCACAGCAAGCUGGACCCUGACAUGGCCUUCUGUGCCAACGUCCGGCAGCAGGAUGUGUUCAUGUUCCUGACCAACCGGCAUGCCUUCGGACACCUGCUGUCCCUGGACAGCUACCAGACCACCCGCCUCCACAACGAUCUCUGGGAGGUGUUCAGCAACCCAGAGGACUGGAAGGAGAAGUACAUCCAUGAGAACUACACCAAGGCCCUGGCGGGGAAGCUGGUGGAGACGCCUUGCCCAGAUGUCUACUGGUUCCCCAUCUUCACGGAGGUGGCCUGUGACGAGCUGGUGGAGGAGAUGGAGCACUUUGGCCAGUGGUCUCUGGGCAACAACAAGGACAACCGCAUCCAGGGUGGCUACGAAAACGUGCCGACCAUCGACAUCCACAUGAACCAGAUCAGCUUUGAGCGGGAGUGGCACAAGUUCCUGGUGGAGUACAUCGCCCCCAUGACGGAGAAGCUCUACCCCGGCUACUACACCAGGGCACAGUUUGACCUGGCCUUCGUCGUCCGCUACAAGCCCGACGAGCAGCCCUCGCUGAUGCCGCACCACGACGCCUCCACCUUCACCAUCAACAUCGCCCUGAACCGGGUCGGGGUGGAUUACGAGGGCGGGGGCUGUCGGUUCCUACGCUACAACUGCUCCAUCCGAGCCCCGAGGAAGGGCUGGACGCUCAUGCACCCCGGGAGACUCACGCAUUACCACGAGGGGCUCCCCACCACCAAAGGCACCCGCUACAUCGCCGUCUCCUUCGUCGAUCCCUAGUUGGCCAGACCCGGCCCGCUCCGACCGUUCCUCUUUGCGACAACCACUGCCCAGCAGCCUCUGGGGCCUCGAGGUCCCAGGGAACCCAGUCUAGCCUCCAGGCUCUCGACUUGCCAUUGCUCUUGGAGCCGCCAGUCAGAGAGAUUCGCGCAGGCCGGAGGCUGUGCACACCUCCGGGCUGGGGCCUUCAGGGGUGCUCUGGACCUGCCCUGGAGAUGCUGUUCACUUUCACUGCUCUGUAAUGACUCGUCCUCCCCACCCAUGUUCCUGAAAAACUGAGUCCUCUUUCCUCCUCUUCUAUGGGAUGACACUUGAGCAGAACAGGGACUUUCGAGCUGCCCAGAGAGACUCCCGGGGCGAGGAGUCACGCUCCAGAGCUUCUCCCAGGCGGAACUGCAGCCUCAGAGACUUCCGCUUCAAGUUUGGGAGAAAGAGACCUGCAUCAGACUUAGGUUCCCACCCUGAGCCUGGGACCGCUGAAGCGCCUUCCGUCGUGGCUCUUGUCAUGAGAGCAAACCGUCGUCUCCUGGAGACAGUGACUCAGAAAACCUCCCGGGAGACAGAAAAGGCGUCUGUGCCACAGCUCAAUCCUCCAUUUGCUGGGGAGGAGGGGAGUGACAUGUCCACACAGUGCACUGGGUCGCCCUGUCCCGGAUGCUUCCAGGGAGAGAGACAGACAGUCAGAAAUAGGAGAGUUUCUAUUAAAGGUCAUUCAAACCAUUGA